GAUGCGUACGUGGAGGAAGACGUGGAGUGUUGAUUUUCGUUCUGGCUCAACAGAUUUUAACGCCAAUCCAAUUGUUCAUCUAUAACAAUGAUUCCUAGUACUUUAGUUUUCAUUCGAAGAAAAAUCUCCUUAGUUUUGAGAAAUGCUUUGUACUUCAGACACCGAAAGACGUCCUUUGGGAAACUCCUGCUGAAGCUGUUGUUGGUAUUUUUGGCAGCUUUGGCUAUCUACUAUAUCAUGCAUUAUAAGCUUAUUGUACACUGGCUAUUUGCAGUGCGAMUUAACCGCAAAUUCUUUUCAAGUGACAAUCUCAUUGAACCAGUUACCAGAGAACAUUUCCAACAAUACUGUAAUUUCCCCRUCAAUGAAAGUGCGAUGGAAGGAAAACUCCCCAUUAAUGCCAAAGACUUCAAACUAGAAUCAGUCCAGAUAUUAAUCAGGCAUGGAGAUCGUUCACCCAUUUUUAACCUUGAAGGCUUGAAAAAGGAAAAACUUUACUGUUCAAUGAAMUCAAACCGAAAAGAUGCAAAGAAACUGUUCGAUAAUUUUCUCAAAUCUUUAAAGUAUAUCAGUACUAGASCAGCUACUCCCGAUUCUAAACYGCACAAGCUGUCAAGUGUUUCUGAUAUCUGUGAAUAUAAUGGACAGCUGACUCAAAGAGGUUUCCACCAACUGCUUCAAAUAGGACAGUUCCUCAGGAAAGCUUACAGUAAUUUGGAAGUUAAAAGUAGAAAUAACAUCUACGCAAGGUCUACUGACUAUGACAGAACUGCACAAACUGUGGCUGCAUUACUUUCAGGGUUUUUAGGAGAAAAAGGAGUCAAUAUUGGUAAAAUCUYCAUAAACAUUACAAAAGACACUUAUUUCAGAGAGGACGAUGUUGGUUCWACCAAAUCAUGUCCAGCAGCAAACCCUUCAGUAAUGAAAUCCAAAAUGCCAAAAGAAUAUGAAAAAGGCAUUGCAGAUAUGGAGCCAUUAAUGAACGAGAUAUCAGACACUUUGCUGGUCACACGAGAAUCACUUCCAUCAAUUAAUUUCAUCACUGACUAUCCUCUGGCCUACUUCUGCCAUGGCUAUGACUAUCCCUGYGGGCGAAAUGGCUGUCUCACAGAAACGAAAUCCUUUCAAAUGUUAUCCUAUUCAAACUGGCAGUUYUMCGCUAAAUAUAAACAUUUYAGCGAUGUACUUUCACUUCCGGUUCUMACYCAGAUAGGYUCCCGGAUGUUAUCAAAAACMCGUUCCCAGUCGCCUAUCACACUUGCCAUAUAUGGAGGACACGAGAGCUCCAUCAUUCCAGUGCUCCAGUCCUUAGGGACGUAUAACAAACGAUGGAUUCCGUACGCCUCGAGAUUGGUAUUUGAACUUUGGAGUAAAAAUUCUGACAAAGAAAUGUAUGUGCGGGUUUUAUUCAAUGGCGAAGCUGUCACGCAUAAACUAACAUUUUGUUCCUGGUAUGCUGUAAAUGAGCUUUGCCCUCUUAACACUUUCCUGAAUUGGAUUGGGGGAGGUCAUUUUGAGAAUGCGUCAUGGCGAUAUGAUUAUUUAUGCAACUGGAGGUCUUGAUGAGGUUCAAGCCAAGUUCAGUACUUUUCAUGUUCGGUUUGAAAUUUCGUCAAUAGACCCCCUUGCAGUUCGUGGGAAUGCAGUUCCAACUGGAGGACAAACGAAUAGAUUCUAGUUCUUAAGAGGGCAAAAAUCUUU